GCGCUCCUUCCCCGGGGCUGCAGUGACCGUUUCACCGGAGAAUCCUGCGCUUUGGCUCCGGGACGCGGUUAUUUGGAGGUGUAAUCCGCUACUGAGGUGUGACGCCAGACAACAAAAGCUUAUCUCCGAACAGCUUGGACCAGAUGCUUUUCGAGCUCAUCAACGCCUACAUAAGUGCCAACAAUACCCAGGGAAGAUACGGCUACUAAUGCGAGCAAGAUUUCCUGAAGUAAAACAAGCUCUCUUCUAAGCUACAAGAGAGCUACCAAGAUGGCGUCCCGAACCAUGUUUUGGCCUUCGCUAAUCUGGCUUCAACUCGGAUUAUUUUGGGCAUUUUUGGCGCCAGUUUACGGCAAAGAAUGUCCAAGAUUGUGCGUUUGUGAAAUUCGCCCUUGGUUUACUCCUCAGUCAACCUACAAGGAGGCCAUAACUGUAGAUUGCAACGAUCUAAGGCUGAUGAAAAUACCUGUAAACUUGUCGCUAGAUACGCAAGUGCUGCUCCUUCAAAGCAACUUGAUCUCACACACGAACGGAGAACUGGAGGCGUUGGUUAACCUGACCGAGCUGGACUUUUCACAGAACAACUUCAGCACAGUGGAAGCGGUCGGACUUCGAAGCAUGAACCACUUAACGACGUUGCAUUUGGAAGAAAACCAGAUCACGGAACUGCCAGAUUUCUGCUUGAAAAACCUCUCCAAUCUUCAAGAGUUGUACAUCAACCACAAUAAGAUCAGUUCCAUCUCCGCCCAUGCGUUUGGCGGUCUUCACAACUUGCUAAGGCUUCAUCUGAAUUCCAACAAGCUACAUGUUAUAGAUAGCCGCUGGUUUGAAGAAACACCCAACCUGGAAAUACUCAUGAUUGGUGAAAACCCUGUAGUUGGACUUUUGGAUAUGAAUUUCAAACCUCUUGGAAGUCUUCGGAGUCUUGUUUUGGCUGGUAUGGAUCUUACAGAUGUUCCAGCUGAUGCCUUCAUAGGUUUGGAGACCCUUGAAAGUAUUUCGUUUUAUGACAACAAGCUAGUUCGAAUCCCGCAACUCGCGCUCCAAAAAGUCCCCAAUUUGAAGUUCUUGGACUUGAACAAAAAUCCCGUUCAGAAACUACAAGAAGGAGAUUUCCGUAACAUGUUGCAUCUAAAGGAAUUAAGUAUCAACAACAUGAUGGAGCUGGUUUCUAUUGAUCGCUAUGCUUUGGAUAAUCUUCCAGAAUUCACCAAACUGGAAGCAACCAACAACCCCAAGUUAUCGUACAUUCACAAGCAAGCCUUUCGAGAGCUACCAUCUUUGGAGAGCUUGAUGCUAAACCACAACGCUCUAACCGGGCUUUACCAGAGUAGCAUCGACGCAUUACCAAAUUUGCGUGAAGUUAGCAUACACAGCAACCCGCUACGUUGCGAUUGCGUUAUUCAGUGGAUGAGUUCAAACCGCACCACAGUUAGAUUCAUGGAGCCGGCUUCCAUGCUUUGCUUCUCCCCACCUGAACUUAAAGGUCAGAAAGUACGAGACCUGAAAUUAGUUGAAGCAGCGGAGCAGUGUUUGCCGUUAAUUUCUCAUGACACCUUUGCGAGCCAUUUGAAUCUAGAGCUAGGCAUGAGUGUUAGCUUGGAUUGUCGUGCUAUGGGUGAACCUGAACCGGAAAUCUAUUGGGUAACUCCUUUGGGAAACAAGAUAACGCAAGACACCGAUUCGGAACGCUAUCAUGUGAGUAGCGAAGGGACUUUACAUUUAUCACAUGUCCAAGUGGAAGACUCGGGGCGGUAUACGUGUGUGGCACAAAACACUGAAGGCGCGGAUACGAAGGUGACUACGAUGCGAGUGAAUGGGACCUUAAUCGAAAGUGCCCAAGUUAUGAAAAUCUAUGUAAAACAAACAGAGUCUCAUUCAAUUCUAGUUUCGUGGAAGGUAAACUCAAACGUUAUGACUUCAAAUCUAAAAUGGGCAUCGGCUACUAUGAAAAUCGAUAAUCCGCACAUUACGUACACAGCUAGAGUACCGGUAGACGUCCACGAGUACAAUUUAACGCAUCUCCAACCCGCUACUGAGUACGAAGUGUGUCUCACUGUUUCAAAUAUCCACUUACAAACCCACAAAUCUUGCGUAAACGUAACGACAAGAAGCCCCACUUUCUCCUUGGACAUUUCAGAGCAGCAUCCUAGCGUAGCCGUGCUAGCUGUGAUGGUAACGGCGUUAGCGUUCAUUAGCCUAGCCACAGUCGCAGUCUACACGGCGAAAAAGUGGAGAAGGAAAAACUACCAUCACUCGUUGAAGAAAUAUAUGCUUAAAACGUCUUCGAUUCCUUUGAAUGAGUUGUACCCGCCGCUUAUCAACUUGUGGGAUUCAGACCCGGAUAAAGACGCCACGGAUGGGAUCGGGAAGCCUUCUCCGGUUGAUACCACGCGUAGCUACUACAUGUGGUAAAAUGCUAACAAAAAAAAAAGCACAAAAAGACACAACUUUUGCCAUUUUUUGAGGCAAAGGUCCAUGUCGCUAAUGUUUUUGUAUUCCCUGCUUUGCUAACUCAAGGCGGAGGAAUCAAGGACAGGUUUUUUAUUAGUAUAGCGUAUCGCCUUUCGUUCUUGUGUUUUGUACUCUCCAAGAUGGCAGCUGUAUUAAGCCUACGGUAAUUCUUUAUAAUUGCUAUAUAUUGCUGUUUUUGUGGUGCAAGUUUGAAUGACUCUAUGCUAA